AUGUCAAAUUCAAAAGGAAGUUUCCGUAAAGAAAUUAAGAGUCUUGCAUCGGAGCGUAAGAAGCGUCGUGAGCGGAACGAGCGUGGUUUGGGGAGGGAGUACCGCGAGGCGGAUGUAAUUGAGUGUGGAUGGCCCUGUAUAGGAUACGUAGAUGACAUCAGCAGGGGUAGACCUGAGGAAGCAGUGAAAAGACAAAGGAAAUAUGCCGAGUCAAGGGAUAGAAUAAUGUUGAAAUUAGAGGAGGCAAUAGUUGAGGUGAGAGAGGUUAUUAGAAAAGAGGUGAAACCCAAACCGAUAACGGUAAAACAGCUAAAAUUAAUAUUUAGAAAAGUUCAGCAUAAUUUUACGGUAAUCCUAAGAGAUCCGAACUUUUACAAAUGUACAGGAAAAAGAUUGCGGAACCUCCGCGACCUGUUUCUGAGAUCGAAGUGAUGACGUUAAAAGAAAUGAAAAGAGAAUUAAGUCGGUUGGGAUUAGAUUUUGUAACAGUUAUGAGUAAGACGGUUUUGAAGAAAAUUGUUGUGGGCAAUGCAAUAUUAAAUCAAGAUUUGAAUCCGAAACCGUUUGAAUGAGAUCACCGCAUCAGUCGACAUUGGUUAGCAAUGAGUCGGUGGUAUUUUACCUUAAAAUUAACGACAAAACCGUUCACGAUAUGGCCGGAAAGGGAGACCUUCAUGGAAUUUCCGUAAAAAAUUUUUUUUCAUCAACACCUUAUGUAAAUAUAAAAUACUAUAAAAAAUAUAUCUCCGAUCAGCGCGGAAUUUCUUCGGGUUUCACUACUCAUCUCUAUUUUUUCCCAUUCUCAUUCUGAGUAUGGGAAUUUUUUCCAUUAACACCUUAUAGGGAUAGAUAGGUAUGAUAAAAUAGAAAUGUCUAACCCGAAAACUAAGUUUCGCAGCGAAAUUAAGAAACUUGUAUCGGAGCGUAAAAAGCGUCGUGAAUUCAAUAUUCGAAAUAUUAAAAAAAGAUUGGCGGAAGAGGUGGGAGAAGAGUAUUGCGAGAGAGGAGACUCGUCGUAAAAAUAGUAUUGCGAGAGAAGAGGCAAGACGUCGCGGUGUGGUGAGGAGAGAAAAAGCUGCGGAAAAAAAGAAGUGUUCUGGAAGAAAAAAGACGUGUUCGCAAAGAAAAGAUAGAUCGGAGAGAUCUGAACGAGACGGUUCAUCAACGUAACCAAAGACUUCGUCGGGAUGAGUUGGCAAGAACAAGACGUGCGAAAAAGAAGGAAUUAGCGGCCAGACUUUUAGAUUUAGCCCCGGUUCUUCAGGAAACUGCAUUGCGUGGAAUGGUUAGUAGGUAUACGAUUACACUGACAGUAGCCUACAAUCCCGUUCCAUUUUUGGAAGCCGUUCAUCUGAAAGUACAGGAACUUUUGGAUGGAUUACGUGGUAAGGAAUCUAGGAAUGUAGGGUUAGAAUUAAUUUGUCUGAUGGGAAAAGAAGAAAAUGGGAAGUCAAUAGAAAAAGAAGCAUCGUUUGCGACGGGAAAUUUCAAACUUCACGCUGUGGAUAGUAUGACAGACGAUAUUUGGGAAAAGAUGAAAGAUAAGGUUUUGGAACAAUUUUCACAAUAUCAGAAACGUGGAAGUCAGUGGCUUUUGAGACGAGUCCAACGUUUAGAUAUUCAUGUCGGAAAAUUUUUUCCUGUGAAAGGGAAAGGUUCUAGUAUUCCCCUUCCGAAAUUUAUAAGUGGCAAAUAUGCAUUGAUCAACAUGAAAAAUACGGUCGAUCAAUGUUUUAAAUGGGCUGCGACCCGAUCGUUAAAUCCUGUGAGUAAGAAUUCGGAAAGGAUUACAAAAAAACUUCGUGAGCAGGCCGACGAAUUAUAUUGGAAAGGGGUUGAAUUCCCGACACCGGUCGAUGGAAAAUCUAUCGAAAAUUUCGAGAGAAACAACGGUGUGAACGUGAACGUCUUUUCGUGGGAUGAAGACGAUGGAUUCCAUACGCUAAAAAUUAGUAAGUGUUUUUCUUCGGGAGGAACGCGUACGAUACGUCAUUUUCUUUGGGGUGAUCAUUAUUAUGUCAUCAAGAAUUUAUCGAGACUUAUCCGAUCUCAGAUGACAAAAAACACGCGUGCGAAAUAUUUUUGUGACGCAUGUCUGAACGGAUUUGGAAGAAAGGAUCUUUUGAAAAAACAUUUGGAAUGGUGUUUGAACGAAGAACAUCACAAGGACAAAUAUCCGGAGGAAGGUUCUGUCUGUAAAUUCGAAGGGGAAAGAAGGAUGUAGAUACAUCCGUACGUGAUCAGCGGCGAUACGGAAUCUUUUCUGAAAAAGAAAAGGGAAGAUAUCGAAAGGAUCGAAGAGGAUAAUAAUCCCAAAGCUUCCGGAACGAAAGAGUUACACAAACAUAUUAUGAAUUCUUAUUGUUUUCAUACGGUAUGUACCAACGAAGAUAUCAUGAAGUCGGAGACGAUCCGUCGUACCUCGGUUCACGAAUUACAAUGUAUAUCCGAUAGGUUUGUGAAUGAUGUUGUUGGAAAGGUACGUGAAUUUUUCCGGAAGACGCACGAUCCCGUUCCCAUGGAAGAGAUGUCUCAUAAUCAGAUGAAAAGUCACGUGGCAAAGACUCGCUGUUAUGUAUGUAACUGUAAAUUUACCGAAGAAAAUUAUAAGGUAAGAGAUCACUGUCAUUUUACGUGAAAAUUCCGGGGUGCCGCUUGUGAUAUAUGUAAUUUAAAAAUGCAGGUUCCGUCGUUCGUUCCGGUAUAUUUUCAUAAUCUCGAAGGAUACGAUGCACAUCUGAUCAUUCGUGCGCUUGCGAGGAUACCUGGUAGAUUUAAAUGUCUUUCCAAGAUGAUUUCCGUAGGACCGUUUACGGAUGAAGAAACCGGAAAAGAAUACAACAAGACCGUCGAAAUUCCGUUUUUAGAUUCAUUUAAAUUAAUGUCGUCAUCGUUGGAUAAGCUUGCGGACGGAUUGAAUAAGGAAACCGACUUUAUAAGUUUGGAUCGGUACUGUGAUGAAAUGGGAUACACGAAAGAACAGCGGGAUCUACUGAAACAGAAAGGGGUGUAUCCUUACGAAUGGAUGGAUGGUCACGAUAAGUUUAACGAAAGACGUCUUCCUCCCAAAGAGAAUUUUUACAGCGGAUUAACGGGAGAAGAUAUUAGUGACGAAAAUUACGAACGUGCGAAAAAAGUAUGGAAGGUCUUCGGGAUGAAAAGUAUGUUGGAUUAUCACAAUUUGUAUUUGGUAACGGAUAUGUUAAUAUUAUCGGACGUGAUCGAAAGUUUUCGGAAACAGAGUAGGAAGACGUACGGUUUGGAUCCUCCGUGGUAUUUUACAUCCCCGGGAUUAUCGUGGGACGCGUGUUUGAAAAUGUCUAGGAUAGUCUUACAACUAAUUACCGACGAGAUAAUGUAUAAACACAUCGAAGGGGGAAUUUGCGGCGGUGUGAGUACGGCAGUGAUGCGAUACGGAGUCGCCGAUAAUAAGUACGUUGGUAUUUCGGAUAUUCCGAAAGGUGUUAUUGAAUUACUGAAAGAAUUAGAUUUACAGAUUCGGAACGAUCCGACAGAUAUCGACGGAAAAGUUUUGGAGUUUGAAAACAGACUCUGUAAACUUCUAUGGAAUUAUAGUCAGGAAGAGGACGAUAAAAUUAUGACGUACGUGAGUAAAAAUCUUACGAGAUGG